UGUAAAUUAUGUUUUAAUUGCAUGAUAAGUAAUUUUGGGGUGGUCGUAGAAAAAAUGAAGUUUGAGACUUUUGAAGAUUUUUUUUCAGUAACUAUUAAAUAAGCAAUAGUCGCAAAAUGUGCUUGUUUAUUGCUGCUCAAUAAUAUAAUUUUUAUUUAACGAAUAUAAUAACACACAAAAACACGUUAACAAGCAUAUUAAAAUAAUUGGUCGUUAUGUUAGCAAUAUCUAUUUGGAAGUUUCGCCAUAUUUUUGCAUAAGUUUGUUCUCGGUUACCCGGGUGUUUAUUAUAAAUAUGCCAGUGGGAUGAUUGUUAUAAGUACUGCUUGUGCGAUAAGCGGAACUUCAUUCUCUACUGUUCCGCCAGUCCUUGUGCAGUGUGUCUUCGAUUUUAUUAUUUCAAUUCCUUCCUUUCAGUUAGUCGCAGGUCCUCGUUGAUACCGGCUGUUUGUGUAUUUCGGUUAUAGCUUUAUUAACAAACUUUUUUUUAUUAUAAAUUUAAUUCGCUAUCGAUUUAUCGUUGCUUGUUGGAUUUUCGAAGUGUUGGACGAAUACAGCGCGCACGGAAAACGUCCUUGCGCACAUCGACUCCCAACAUUCACGACGUCGUCUACACAGCGAGAGAUCCAUCGACCACGUGGUGCCCGACCGAGCUUAUAAAUACCGCCGUCCCCUCGUCGUUCGGUCUCUUUUCCACACGAGCAGUUCGAACGUGAAAAUCUCUCUCGUCGAAAAGGAAAUCGAAAUCGAAAGAAGAAGAAGAAGUAGCGAUCACCAGGCGCGUUCCUCCACACGUUUUUUAGUGCACCAUCCGUAUAUUUGGCAUCGAAUAUAAAUCGCGCCAUGCCGGAGACGACGCUGUUGACCAACGGCCAUGCCAACGGCCAUUCGGGCUACGAAAUGGCCGACGGAGCGGAGUUCUUGUUUACCUCCGAAUCGGUCGGAGAGGGUCAUCCAGAUAAAAUGUGCGAUCAAAUAAGCGACGCCAUACUGGACGCGCAUUUAGAACAAGAUCCCAACGCCAAAGUCGCCUGCGAAACGGUAACGAAGACAGGAAUGAUCCUCCUCUGCGGGGAAAUCACAUCGAAAGCCGUCGUGGAUUAUCAAAAAGUCGUGAGGGAGACGGUGAAGCACAUAGGAUACGAUGAUUCCUCCAAAGGCUUCGACUGGCGCACAUUGAACCUACUCGUGGCCCUCGAAGAGCAAUCGCCGAAUAUCGCAGAUGGCGUCCACGAAAAUCGAGAAGAAAACGAAGUCGGGGCAGGGGAUCAGGGUUUGAUGUUCGGAUACGCCACCGACGAGACCGAAGAAUGCAUGCCUUUGACGGUGGUAUUAGCGCACAGAUUGAACCAUCGAAUAGCCCAAUUGAGAAGGUCCGGGGAAUUUUGGUGGGCCAGACCCGAUUCUAAAACUCAGGUUACAGCCGAGUACUCGUUCGAACACGGCGCAUGCGUACCGCAGAGGGUCCACACGGUGGUGGUGUCGUUGCAGCACAGCGAGAAAAUCACCCUCGACGAAUUGAGGAGCGAGAUCAAGGAGAAGGUGAUCAAAGAAGUCAUUCCGGCCAAGUACCUCGACGAACAAACCGUCAUUCACAUAAAUCCGUGCGGAUUGUUCAUCAUCGGUGGACCGCAGAGCGACGCCGGUUUGACCGGCAGAAAGAUCAUAGUGGACACGUACGGCGGAUGGGGCGCCCACGGCGGCGGCGCCUUCUCCGGCAAGGACUUCACCAAGGUGGACAGAUCGGCGGCGUACGCGGCCCGCUGGGUGGCCAAAUCGCUGGUGAAGGCCGGCCUGUGCAGGCGAUGCCUGGUGCAGGUGUCGUACGCCAUCGGCCUGGCCGAACCGCUCUCCAUCACAGUAUUCGAUUACGGCACGUCCAAAUUGAGCCAGAAGGAGCUGCUCGACGUGGUCAAGAAGAAUUUCGAUUUGAGGCCCGGUAAAAUCGUCAAGGAAUUGAAGCUCAGACAGCCGAUCUAUCAGAAAACCAGCACGUACGGUCAUUUCGGAAGAGAGGACUUCACGUGGGAGCAACCGAAGAAGCUGCUCGUACAUUGACGGCUCUCCAUUAGCGAUUCUACCUCUUAAAUAAUUCGAUCGUUUUAUCUCCCGCAUCCCUAUUGUUUUCUUGAAUGUUUCCCACCCCCCAACCCAUCCUCCCCCCUAUCCUAGUAGUAUCUAGUUCUUUCUCAGAACACUGUGAUUGGCGCUGCGAAAUUAAAUGUGCGAA